AUGUUGCCCUUCAGUUUAUCACCCGCCCGUAAGGUCGGUCUUGCGCUGGCCGUCGGCCUCGUGCUCUUCUCUGCUUUGGCUGCGGCUCAAGAGAAGCUCGCGGUAGGUGAGCUGUCUGUCAGCCAGAUCGAAGAAGAAUUGCAGAACUGUCCUCUUGUUGAGUCCCUUAAUGAGCAUAAGCGCGCCACGAGCCCCCAAACAACAAGCUUGACAUCCAAGGUCUUCUCGGUUCUCUUCCCCGGCAGCCCCGCUGUGAACUCCCUCCUUGCUACCUUAUAUAUUUCCGGGCCUCCGAACUUCCUUCUAGCCCUAUGCCCUCCGAACAUCGACCCCUCGUCACUGUCCGUCAUGGUCGCAUUCGCCGUCGGAGGCCUUCUUGGUGACACCCUCUUCCAUCUCCUCCCCGAAAUCUUCCUCGGAGAAGACUCUCCGGACCAUGUGCGCUUCGUCAUGGUUGAACCAAACCGCAACCUUCUCCUUGGCCUCGGUAUCAUGGUUGGCUUCUUCACCUUUGUCGCCAUGGACAAAGCCCUCCGCAUCGCAACCGGAGGUGAGGGACAUGAUCACUCGCAUUCGCACAGCCAUACCGCGCCUGAGACCGCUGUAACAACCGGCGCCAGCACUACCUCAGGCAACACCGAGCUCAAGCAGCGCAAAUCCGCCAAGUCCGAACAAGACGCACCGACGGACACCACCAAAGAUGAGGUCAACCCUAGCGUCAAGCUAGGUGGCUACCUCAAUCUUAUCGCCGACUUUACCCACAACAUCACUGACGGCCUCGCCAUGUCUUCGUCCUUCUACGCUUCGCCCACCAUCGGUGCAACAACAACCGUAGCCGUCUUCUUCCACGAAAUCCCCCAUGAAGUCGGGGACUUCGCCCUUCUCAUCCAAUCUGGCUUCUCCAAGCGCAAGGCUAUGGGUGCCCAGUUCGUGACAGCCAUUGGCGCCUUUUUGGGCACCCUGAUUGGCAUCGCUGUGCAGGAGCUCGGCGGUUCCGGUUCUUCCACUGCCGCGAACACUCUCACAGGCGAGCCCGUCUCCGGCCUUCUCGGAACGAGCCUUACGUGGGGUGACAUGCUUCUUCCGUUCACUGCUGGGACGUUCCUAUACGUCGGCACGGUCUCAGUCAUUCCUGAGCUGCUGGAGACGGGGAAGAACAAGAGCGUUGAGAUCAAGAAGACAUUUACCCAGUUUGCGGCUGUUGCUGUAGGAGCUGGGAUUAUGCUUGCGUGA